AUGAUUAACAAUACACGUGCUCAAGUGGAUUAUUGGUACGUUGAUGCGGAACCAAUCCUAAUAAUGUAUAACGAGUACGUAGAAUUAACCCAGACUAAUUCAUUCAACUUGGAAGGUAUGCAGCUCAAAUCAACAGGUCUUCAAAAAAAUACCGAAGGCGAUAGACAAGACAAGUAU